UGAUGGAUCCCAGGAGGCCUUUGACCUGUACUACAGUGAGAGCUACAGUGAGAGCUCGUCUCUGUCCCUACAGGGCUCACAUCACAGCCCGGCAUCGCUGCAUAGUGACGGAGGAGACCAGGGUCUGCAGCUCAUGCAGGAGUACAUGAUCACCCUAAGGAGUAAGCUGAGUCCCCAGGAGCUCCAGCAGUUUGCCCUGCUGUUGAGAGAGUACAGGUUGGGAUGUCCCAUAGCCGUGUUCUGUUCUGACCUGCUCCAGCUGUAUGGAGACAACAGGAAGUUCCUGCUACUGGGCAUGCGUCCCUUCAUCCCAGACAAGGACGUGGGCGUUUUCGAGAGCUUCCUAGAAGGAAUCGGGAUCCGGGAGGGGGGCAUUCUAACGGACAGCUUUGGCCGGAUCAAACGGAGCAUGAGCAGUACGGCGGCAACGGUCGUGAGGGGUUACGACAGCUGGUCACUCCCCUCGGGCUCGCAGGACUUCAACCGCAGGAUCAGUGACAUCACACACGACAUCGAGGCCCUGGGAUUUCAACAUGAACAUGGGGGGUGGCAGGGAGAGCAGGGGGAGUGGCAGGGAGAGCAGGGGGGGUGUCAGGGAGAUAUAGAGGAGGAGGAUUAUUAUUUGUGA